AGAAAUAAAAUUGUUAACAGAUAAUAGUAUAAUUUUCUAGGCGUUUACAUAUAUUCUAUAUAAUAGCACUAAACUGGUCGGUAGUAGAGUAGAGCUUGAUUGUAAAAUAUUUUACAAGGGUGAGUGAGGACGACAUACUAGAUCACAUAGUACUCGAAAAUAUUUCGAAGAAUAAUUUAUUUAGAAAAUUUCUUUUAUCAGUUAAUGUAUAUAUGUGAAAAAAAUAUAGAUAAAUAUAAAGCAGUAAAAAGUGUGACAAAGUAAGAAGAGCAUCAGGAUACAGAUCAAUUUACAAAUCAUGAAGGCGAUGGUAGCAAGUCCCGUUGGAAGACGAGUGUCAUCUACAACGAGGAGAGUUUUCAUUACUAGAGGUCGGAAAAACCUCGAAGCUGAAGGAGUUGCCGCCUACUUUGGUAAGCUACGCGAUCUUGUUCCACAUAUGCCACGCAAGCGAAAACUUUCUAAGCUUGAGGUUAUUCAGCGCGUUAUUCAAUAUAUUUAUGAACUUGAAAGUACUCUGGAAGAGCAUAAUAAGCAUGAUCAUCAAAAAGAAGAGAAUAUUGAUCAUCAACAGCAAGAAAAUGAUAAUCAAUCUCAAUUGACAGAUAAUGAAAACCCUUUAAAGCAACGAUGACUUAUGACAAUAAAUAAGGGUAAUUAAUAUUAAUAUGUGUAACAGACUUAAUUUUUGGAGUCGCUUACAAAAAUUAUAAUUGUGGUGUAAA